CACUGGCAGUUACCCGGAAAGCUAGGUUAAGUUAGCUAGUGGUGUCUAGCCAGGUGAAUUGAAGUGAACUGCUGAUGAACCGAUGAAUUUAGCAGUCUUUCCAAAGUUAGCCAGACCUUUUUGCUUCAUAUUCAACGAGCGGAAGACGAGCUACAGUGAAAUAAAAAUAAGACAUGGAGGGAGAUAGUGGCAGUUUUCUUCCAGAUCUGUCAGAGGAUCUUUCACAAAGAGGAAGUGUUGCUUCCUCUGCAACUCUUUCCCGUGUUCAGGAACUGCUUGUGUACUUGUGUGGCGACAACGCAGUGCACUUGUCUUUGGAGUCUCUCAGCAGUGUGACAGUGCAGGAAUUGGGCCGCAGUGUUCGUGAGGCUCUCCAAAUUCCUGAGUCUUUACAUGAUGCGUUUGCCUUUUGGCUUUGCUCCCCAUUGCUUGAACUGCAGUUAAAAGCGAGGCAUCAGCCUUAUAAACUGUGUCGGCAGUGGCAGGACUUGCUGUAUCGCUUCACUGAGGCAUCGGAGGACGACAUUGCACAAGACGAACCGUAUCUUCAGUACAGACGGAACGUGUUUUAUCCCAAAUCUAAAGAGCUGCAGAUUGAAGAUGAGGGGGUGUUGAGACUUCUGUACGAAGAGGCCAAGAAUAACAUCCUCACCGGACGAUACCCCUGUGACCCCGAGCACUGGACGGGUCUGGGAGCUUUGGCAUUUGCUCAAGAGGAGGGCCUUAACAUCAACAGCAAUCAGUUUACCACCACCGUGAGGGAGAAGAAGCUGACUUCCUUCCUGCCGGAGCAUGUUGUGUUAGGCAGCGGCGGUCUGCUCUCCACGCUGCGAGGGAAGUCGCGCCGCCAUGCCGAGCUAGAGGGCAACCUCGCCGAAGAGUACAGGAAAAUCUGCGUAACUGUAGGGGGCUCUCCAGGUCCCGCCCACCUCCUUCACCAGUACCUCAGCAUGUGUCACUCUCUGCCUUAUUACGGGUGCGCCUUCUUCUUCGGGGAGAUUGACAAGCCGGCGCAGGGAAUCCUCCAGCGCGGAAAACGCAAAGCUGUCAGCGUUGGAAUCUGCUUGGAUGGAGUUUAUGUGAUUGACAUGAAGGAGAAGCAUGUGCUUCUCGGCCUGCGCUUCAGCGAGCUCUCCUGGGACCACACCUACCCCGAAGAGGAGGGAGACUCACACAUUCUGUGGCUGGAGUUUGACGGAGAAGAAGAUGGCACUCCUGUCAACAAGCUGCUGAAGAUCUACUCUAAACAAGCUGAGCUAAUGAGUGGCUUCAUUGAGUUCUGCGUGGAGCUGAAGUCUACCUCUGAGACUGGAGCUGUGGCCGAGGCUGACGGCGGGGAAAAUCCGUCUCAGUCGAAGCAGCCCGGCGGGCCGGAAGGCAGCGGCAGGAACGGGCGAGGAGGACGCCGCGCGGUGCUGCAGAGACAACCCAGUGUGGUGUGCAGUCGGGUCGGCGCGCUCAACACCAUCAGCUACGUGGCCGACGGAAAAGAAAUUAAACGGCUGAAGCCGAAAAGAGCCGCGUCAUUCUUCACCCGUCAGGGAGCCCCCACCUACUCCGCUGUGCAAGGAGCUGAGAGCCUGGAGCAAGGUUAACAUCUGCUUCCUCCACAACACCAAUUCUGAACCUUUUACACUGAGAUUCUACAGGAAACAAAGACUAACUGAGAAAAAACCAUGCGAAGGACCAAGACAGAGCUAUCAAAGUGUGAAUAUAUUUAUCCUCUGAAGUGGUGUAUUCUAGAAGAGUUCAGAACACAAUGAGUUAUCAAAAACUUAAUAUUAAAGCUUGAACUGGAGGGGUUUUAGGUAGAGACUGCCAUAUGAGAGAUGGUCUCGCAUCUUUGAAGAAAUCAACUCCAUUGAAGAAUUAAAAACAAAACAAAAACAAACCUUCUACUUAACCGGUGAUUGUUCGGAUAACUGCAAAAACCGCUUCAUGUAUUGCAAAGCUGUUUUUGCGGCUUCUGACCCUGCAGAAGCCUCCUCAGUCAGCAUGACGACGACUUUUAGGGCUCAUCUGCAGCUGUCUGUUCACUAUUCUGCUUUUUCAAACUGCCAGUGCCUUGCUUUAAUCAAAGGGGCGACGCUGAUGUCAGUGGUAGGUGUUCACUGGUAUGGGGACACAUUGGCUGUGCUGUGGAGGAUUCUUGUAAGUACUUAUUUAAUUCCAGUUUGAAGCAGUUAAGGAAGUAGAUUCUUUCAUAGUUCUGCAGUUGAGCGGCAUUCUUGAAGACAUUGAAACUGACAGAAAAAGGACAUUUUCCUGCAUUUAGAUGAAGAAAUGGCAAAAGCCUUUUCCUUAACUUGUAAGGAAAUUCUAAAAAGUCCACAAAAAAAGUUAUUUAUGAUUAUUUUGAUAAAAAUUUGACAAUAAAACUACUUUGCCGUUAUUUGAAAAGCAUGAUUGAUCUUAAUUUUGCAUAAAGCCUUUGAUAAAACACUAAUAUUUGUGACUAAAAUGCUGAAACUGAUAAGCAGAUGGAAACUGAUGCAAUAUUUAGCAACUCAUCCAGUGAGAGGAACUUCAGAAUCAUUUUUUUUUAUCUUCUAAACACUGAAUGAGGGCACUCGAAACAAAAAACAAAGACUAUCUUUGUAUGAAAUCCAUGUUUAUGUUUAACUAUAAAAACGAUGUAUUUCCAUAUUUCUGAGAGGCUUCCUUUUAGGUUUUAUUUCAUCCUAAAUCGAGCUGGCAGCAACAGGCGACCUUUCAGUUUAAAAGUACAGAUUUUUUGGAAAGCAGAUGCUUUUUCUGUGCGUUUGACAUGCAAUGCAACAACUUUUGAUCACGCUGCAGUGUUCUCAGGGAUCUGGUCAGACAGUCUUUUUCACUUCACUUAUGAAGGCUCCAAAGUGAAAUGACCCAGAAGAAUCCAGCUAUAUUAAGCUUUAGAUCGUCCUUCACUGUCUGCUUUAAUACAGAGAACACUGGACUGCCUUCCAUCAAAGUAAGGAGAGCCUCUAUUUCUGGUGACCCAAACCUUCCAGUCAUCCUGGUGACAAAUUCAUGCAUUAACAGUUUCUGAAAACUUUACUCUGUAAUUAUUUAUUACGUUUUAUUUACCAACUUUGGUGAUGAAGUCCUUUUUUCUUUUUCUUUGUAGUGAUGUAAGUUCUUUUAAGCCCUGAAAUCUCUCCUGCCAUCUUUCCUUACAUUUUUUUUUCUUUUUUGGUCAACCUGUCAUUCAUUCACAGAUUGACUAAUUCAGAUAUGUUGCUUUUUUUUCUUGCAGACCUAUGUAGAAGUAAAACGGACUCAUUACACUAAGAAAUUAAAGAGCAGUUAUUGGUCAAAGAUGGAUUUAAAAAAAAUUCCUUUGAGUCUCUGUGUAGACAUUUAGCUAAGUCUGUUAAAAACAACGAAUUAAGACCUUAGUGAAUAGUUGCAGAAUGGCAGAACAUGUUCAGUUCAACUUUUAGUUUAAUUCCACCACAUGUAUUUGAAGUCCGUUUUCCCAGCUGACAACUGAUGCCUUAAACUUUCAUAAUCUGAGUAUUUAUGUUGCUUUUCUUUGCCACAAUCUGUCUUGACUAUACUAGAUAAAAGCUUAAAAAUGUUAGUUUUUUUGUUUUUUCCCCUUAAACCUCAUUUAAAAGCAGUAUUUUUUACCUCCUCAACACACAUCUCAUGCCUCCCUGAGUUUUAAAAGGCGGCACAGCUGCAGUCUGUACCUGCGUGUCACAUUGUUGAACAGGCAUUCCAACAGUAAAUCAUGUGUUGUUGCACUACUAUAUUUAUAUCUUUAUAUACCUUUUUCCAUCAACAGACUGUUUUGUAAUGUGAAUUCGCUUUUAUGAAAAACAAAUAUUACUUUCUCCUUCAUAUAUUUGUAUUUGUACACAAAAUGAAAUGCUAAUCCUGGUUAGGUGUCCUCUAUUCGAUCUGUCACUUUGCAGAAGCUGAAGUGCCUUUUUCUUUGUACCAAACUGCUCCGUGGAUGAUUGUUUUAUGUUUGCAAAUCAGAAACUGUCAGUUUUGUUUUUGUGGGUUAGAACACUUGUUUUGUUAUCUCCAUAUUAUUGUGAAAAAGUAAUUAUUUUCAAGGAAAUAUGUUGAAGUAUGUAAUGCAGUUUUGGUCUCCGUGUUUUUUAUUUCUUUCCUUUUUUGUGUAAUAAAUAAAUAUCUGUAAAGUGUC